GAAGUGAACAUCACGGCGGCGGUCGCCGUGCAAGCGGAUGGCAAAGAUGGCAUCAAGCUAGUUGUCAAGGACUGCCAGACCCAUAUUGGUAACGUUCAGGCCAUUUCUAGCUUGAUCCAUGUGGAAAAGGUCUUAAUGAACGCCCUUAUCAAGUUCCUGCCUAAAGUGCUCUGUCCUGUGAUUGAUACUGUGGUCAGCCUCGCAAACAUUGUGAUUCGCGUCGUGGACACUGUGGCCCCAGUUGGAAAACUAGGACAUAUCCAUUACUUGGUCAAAGGCCUUCCACCGGUCGACGGCCAACACCUCCAGCUGGAUUUAAAUGCUUUCGUUACGGACGCCGUGGACGACAUAAUUGCCCCCUGGAUGGGACCUGGAGCGCCCAUGUCUCUGCCCCCUGUGUCAGACCACACUUCCCAGGUUGUCCUCUCAGAAAGUCUCCUGGACUCGGUGUUCGCCCUGCUACACAAUGGAGGGCACCUUGACAUGGACAUCACCGAUCGCGUGGCUAACACUCUCGUUCCACUGACGACCGAUGCCAUCAAGUCCAAGAUCCCCGAGGUGUCUCACCUGAUACCAAAACAUCUGCCGCUGGUGGUGAAGUUCAGACUCGCUUCGCCCCCUAAAGUGACUCUGCACGACGGGAAAGCCAUUUUGAACGUCACUGUCUCCAUCGAGGUGCUCAUCCGCCACAAGAACGCAACUCUGCAGCCCCUCUUCACAGUGGACGGGAAUAUCAUUCUGAGUCUCGGCCUUAGUGUGAAAGACCACAAACUACACUUCGACUUUAAUGUGGAAAGAGUUCAGUUCUGGCUGGCCUCGUCGCACUUCGGCCCCUUUGAUAUCUCUGACCUUGAAAACUGGCUCCGUAAGAUCAUCGAGUCUCUGCACCUGCCCAAGCUCAGGACUGCCCUGGAAGAUGGCAUACCUCUGCCUAAGCUCUUCGGCAUGGACCUGACCAAUGCUGCUGUGGACGUCGCUGACCAUGCGGUGGUGCUGACCAAAAUGGGCUGAGGGUCCCAGGAAAGGACCAGAACCGGGCGCUCCCG